AUGCGAUUAUCUACACUGCUCGCCUUCGCGGCACUUUCCAGACAAGCUACAUAUGCCUGCCCACAAAACAAUUUACCAUUACAAAAAGUACUGGGUGGCUUCAGCCAAAAUCGUGCGCCUACGAAUCGGGACUGGAACUAUGAUAACAGCUACGAUUGGGGCAAGAUCAAACCAAAUUAUACGCUAUGCCAAACAGGAACUCUCCAAUCCCCUAUUGAUCUACCUAUAACGCCCAGUAUUUCCCGGAGAAAUCAGCCCUCAAUAUCCAGCAACUUUUCAUCCGUCGAAGGCGAGCUUUCUAACUGGGGAUAUGGAGCUUCAUUUGUUGUCACGGAAAAAAAAAUUACUGCCCGUCCUUCCAUCACUUAUCAAGGAAAUAAUAAAAAUUUUCUUGAUAGCUGGCAUAUCCAUGCUCCCUCAGAGCAUACAAUUAACGGCUAUCGCGCCCGAGCAGAACUUCACAUAGUUCACACUGAUUCCAACGGCAUUGAAGCAGGGGUUUUCGCUCUACUGCUAGAUCCAGGCCUACCAAGCUCAGCCUUUGUCUCUCAGUUUAUUGAUAACGCUAAUGUUUCACCCGGAUCUGACACAACCAACCCGGUUACUACACGGUUAAAUAUGUCUCUUGCGUUUGAAGAGGUGAGGGGUUUCCGCGAAUACUGGACUUAUAUGGGUAGUCUGACGAGCCCGCCAUGCAACGAAGGUAUCCGCUGGUGGGUUGCGAAAGAGACCUUAUUCGUGUCAACCGAGCAGAUGCAAAAACUUCUUAGAAUAAGCGCUUACAGUGCUCGUGUGGAACAAAAAAUUUGGGCCCAUCGAAUAGGUGUGUAG